AUGAUAAGACUGAACUCCAGAUCCCAGAUCCCAGACCCCAGACCCCAGAUCCCAGACUCCAGACUCCAGAUCCCAGAUCCCAGACCCCAGACCCCAGACCCCAGACUCCAGACUCCAGACUCCAGGAUUCAGACUCCAGACCCCAGAUCCCAGGAUUCAGACUCCACUCGGGCAAACGUUGAAAAGCGACACAUCUGUGACAUCAUGGCCUGUUUGAAGCUGAAGAUGACGAGGAUUAUCCUGAUGUCCAUUGUUUUUUUAUGCUCUGUCAGGCGUGGGCGUGGCCUGUGUCGGCCUGUUUGUGCUGACAGAGAGUGUGUAACUGUGAACCAGGACAGAGUGGAUUUUAAAACAGCUGAGAAAGCAUGCAGUGACAGGAGCGGGGAACUACUUCCACUUCAUCCUCAGACACAUGUGAGUCUCCUGGACAAUUUGAGGCAACAACUGUCAGGAAACUUCUGGAUUGGACUGCGUUUACCAGCUGGCACCUGUAGCGACCUUUCAUCCCCUCUGCGAGGCUAUGAGUGGCUCUCUGGUAGCACAAACGGGAGCUUCAUUCCUUCCUCUGUGACCUGGAAACACAGCGUUAAAGUCUGCUCUCCCAGCUGCGUGUCACUUUCAGAGGACCAGAAGUGGACAGAGAGACUGUGCUCGGACACAACUGAUGGAUAUCUGUGCAGAACAGAGCACUACGAUGCUUGUCUGGCACAAGAAGUAUCUGAUCCACAAGUUUUCCGAAGCUCCAAAGGCUGUUUAACGGGCCCCUGUGAGCAUGAAUGCACAGACGUGACGGGAGGUUACAAAUGCUCUUGUUUCCCUGGAUAUAUCCCAGACAGCGGAGACCCCAGGCGCUGCAAGAUGCACUGUGGCAAACACAGAUGCCCCAAAAUAUGCGACGAGCAUGAUGCGUACGCAUGCCUCUGUCCUGAUGGAUACAUAAUGGUUAACACAGGCACAGACUACGAUGACUUCUUCUGUGAGGACAUCGAUGAGUGUGAGGGUGCUUGGGUUUGUGAUCAGAACUGUAAAAACACGUUCGGAGGUUACGAGUGUUCCUGUAGAGACGGAUUUGUCCUCAAAGACCAUCACAGAUGCAUUCAAUCAGACAACCAGAGUUCCAACAGAAAGACUCUGAAGAAGACGUCUGCACCUGCUGGGCAUUUUCUCUGGUUAUGGGUUUUUGUUGCUGUGCCUGUGGUCAUGUUGAUGUGUGUGGUCAGGUUUUGUGAUGUUCAGCAUCAGAAGUCUCGUCUAAAGUUAGAUAAUGGUGAAAUAAAUGUUCUCAUUUGAAUGAACUAAAAACAUAUGUUGAUAUUUUGAAUGAGUAAAGAUCAAUAUAUGUCAAUUCUAUUUAACCACAUGUUUGCUGACGAGUCAUUUUCACAUGAAUAAAAUUGGUCUAACUUUCCUAAUCUCUUUGUAUUAAAUACAUGAUUCAUGUCA